AUGUUGCAGGCAUGCAUGAAACUUCAAAUGCCAUGUGAAUUCUGGUUAUUUGGAAGUGACGUCCAGAAGAAAGGAAUUGUGACAAGUAUUCCAACUUUCGGAUGUAACUCAGGCACAUCUAUCACAAUAAUGCUGGAAACACUCCACCAAUGGAUGAGUAGUACGUAUAAUAAACAAGUGUGUAUCUUUACGGAUGGCGAAGAUAAGUAUGAUGAAGCAACAUUUACCGCAAAGUUCAAUCAAAUACGAAAUCGAAACCAUUCUGUCUCUGUGUACGAUAUAUGUCGCACUAAUGUAGAACCAUUGAAAAGAAUCUUUGCUAGUAUUUCAUGCACAAUUGUGACCACCAGGGAUGAAAUAGAUCAAUUGGUACAGCAAAUAAACCAAAAUAUAGCAAUUGAUAAUGAUCUCCUUCAGGGGAUAACAAGAGUAGAGAACAACGUACAAAAGCUAAUUGUGAAUUACCAGAAACUUGAAAAAAGCAGCAAAGAACUAAAAAUUCUCACAGACAAGCUUACUAGUGAAUCACAAACCAUACAAGCCAGUGCUGAUCAGGCGAUAGUGGCAAAAGAGAAGCAAAAACUCGAGACAGCAUCCAAUGAACUUAAACAACAUAUAAGUGAUAUAGCCGAUCAUAUAACACGCUUGCAAGAUAAUGAAAGAAAAAUAAAACGAUUAAACGAUGAUAUCGAUGAUGCUCGAGAUACCAUAGUCAAACUAAAUACCAAAAUAAAAGCCGAAACUAACUCACCAAAUCCAAAUAUCCAGAAAAUUCAAUCGUUUCGGUUGCAGAUAGUAGAACAAGAAAAAAAGAUAGUCGAGAUUGAAGACAAGAUAAGUACUUUGAAGCAGAACAGUGCAUCGGCUGUUCAAAAUUUUGAACUUCUAAGAGACAAAACGGAAGAAACACAAACGAAAGUGACUAGUACAUUGAAAACAAUAAAUUAA